AAAUGGAGAGAAUUCCAAGUGCGCAACCGCCUCCUUUUGCGCCGAAACACCCUUCUAUGGAUAUAACUGACAUGCACGGAAUGGACUUUCCUAUUUGUGUGUUCAAACCCAGGAGGGGCAUGAAAGGCAGAGACGAGUGCAAGGAGACGUACAAGCUGCCACACAGGCUGAUCGAAAAGAAGAGACGGGACAGAAUCAACGAGUGCAUUGCGCAGCUGAAGGAUUUGUUGCCGGAGCACCUUAAACUUACAACGCUGGGUCAUUUGGAGAAAGCUGUGGUGCUGGAGCUCACGCUCAAGCACGUGAAGACCCUGAGUGCCGUCCUGGAGCAGCAGCAGCAGAAGAUCGUCUCUUUGCAGAAGGACUUGCAGAUCAGCGAUCAUGCAGGAGACGGCUCGGAGAUGUUUCGCUCCGGCUUUCACCUCUGCGCCAAAGAGGUCGUCCACUACCUCGCCAGCCAAGAGAGCAGCCGGGAUCUGACUCCCUCCCAUGUCAUCAGUCACAUCCAGAAGGUCGCCACCGAAGUCCUGCACCAUCAGCCGGACGAGCCCCUUCCCCAGCCCUCCGAGGAGGGCAGGAACCCUGCCGCGCAGGACGCCAGGGCGUCCGAGACCCCCGCCAAAAACUGUGUUCCGGUCAUUCAGAGGACUUAUCAACACGGGACGGGGGAGCAGAGCGGCAGCGACACGGACACAGAUAGCGGCUACGGCGGGGAGCACGAAAAGCACAAAAGUCAGUGGUCCGAGAGCCGCGAGAAGGACAUCCGGAGCCCCGAGCCCCAGCAGGCCGCCAUCAAAAAAGAGGACGACGAACCUCGGGCCAAAAGGUCAAGAUCAGACUCUUCAGAGGACGAGGUUCCCUCUGUCCACUCAGCGGGACAUCCCGGCAAUUACAUGGGCUUCUCCCCCAACCAGCACCCGUUUUGCCUCCCCUUCUACGUCCUCCCCCCAGGGGCGGCGGCGGCAGCGGCGUACCUGCCGAUGCUGGAGAAAUGCUGGUACCCCGGGGGAAUGCCGGUCAUGUACCCAGGCAUGAGCGGCUCGGACGGCCCGAGGGCGGGGUCUCCGGUGCCCCUUCAGACCUCAGCGGACUCCCCGUCUCUGCACAAAGCUUUAAAGCCGGCCCCCCCUUUGAACUUGAAAACCAAAGACUGAGCAGGUUUUUCCGGCAGCAUCCUGCGCUUUGAAUGUUAGGCGGAGGGGAAAGGAGCCCGCUGGUAGCCCUUCAAAGCAGCUGUAGCACACUGACACCCCGCCCCCCUUCCCCUCAGAUCAGGAUGGACUUUAACGGGCCGUGUUGAGACUUGUUUUCCACCUGUUGCACUGAAGAGCUUUUUUCAUGUCGUCUUUUGUUCUCUAGACUCCCUAAUGAAUGUCUUAGAAUGUAACUCCUCCCCUUUUUUUUCAGCAGAAUGACAGACCUUCAUUGUUGCACAUCAGUCUAAUGAAUGUAAAGAUUGAUUAAAAAGAGAAACUCCCCCUGUAAAUGCUGCUGCGUGUGGAGGAUCUAACUGUGUUUUGUCGAUCCUGUAAGUACAAACAAAACACUGCUUAGACUAGAAUGUUACCAAAACAAACGUGCGCGGUUGGGGAGCUGUGCUGACACAGGAGUUACCGUCACGCCGUGGCGUAACGAGCGUGCCCCUAAAAUCUGACCCCCCCCCCCGUACCACUUGAAACGUCUCUAUUUUUGAUACGUGACCUUCUGAGUGUGUUUUGCAGCCAGAGGAAGGUUGAGGUAGCGGUUUGCUGUACGCAGACAGAAAAGUGAGUACAUUUGCAUUUUUGCCCACAAAUUUCUCGGUCAAGGCUGAUCGCAGCUCAACCUGUGGUCUUUUUUAACAACCGGGAUGAACUUUUUAGCAGAAAGUCUGAAUGUAAAGUUCAAAGGAAAUAUGUUUUGUAUAAAUUGAGGUACUCUGGAUUUUUGUUUUGUUUUUGGAAGCGUAACAGUUUGUAAAUAUUUUGUACAUAAAGUAUUAUUGAUAUAUAUUAAAAUAUUAAUAAAGCUCUUUGUUUUUCCGUGUUUCA